AUGGAAAAUAGAUGGUCAUUGGGCACUAAGAUGUUACUGGAUGAGAUCCCGCGUGAAAACAAUGCCACUGAUGCAUUUGAUGCAACGUUAUCAACACCUCUCCACCACAGCACACCUCUUGCUCACAAUUUAAAAUGCAACACAAAACUUCAAACGAACAAAUGCAAUGAAACUUUCAUAAACACGGCCAACACUCCACAAAAUUUCAACAGCAGCAGCAGUUGCACAAGAGUUUUGUGGCAAAUAAAUUUCUUCCCCAGUCAAGCAAGCGGAUUUGUUUGCAGGAAAAACCAGUUGAAAGCAACGUUGAACUGGUGA